AUGUUUGCCUACUACCACGCCAUGGCCCCGAAACUGAAGCUUUUGGAGCUGGCCAUCUGCCGUUCCUUCUACGAAGCCCGGGAUCCGACUGCCAUCGUUGCGGUACCGACCUGGCCGGGAUUCCACAUCGACGAGGACAGAUGCAAACAAAGCAGCAUCCAACAGCAUCUCUCCAAUCUGCGGUCGUGGGGCGUGUUUUUCGAUGGACUUUGCACUUUGCUUCUCUCCAUCCCCUACGGCGCCUUGGCCGAUCGCCACGGAAGAAAGCUGGUUUACAUGUGCAGCCUGCUCGGCCUGGUCCUGAGCAACGCGUGGUUCGUCUUGGUGUGCUCCCACUUCGAGCUAUUCCCCGUGGCCGCCGUGCUCUUUUCAAGCGCUUUCCUCACAAUCGGCGGGGGGUCGUGGGUUGUGGUGGCGAUUUCGUCGACCAUGGCUACAGAUGUCGCAGAUGAGCAGACGAGAUCCACAGUCUUGUACUGGCUGCUUUCCGUCUACUACCUGGGCUACGUGGCCGGCACGGGGCUUGCGCCCAUGACGAUGCAGACCGCUUGGCUCCCCUUCUUCCUGGCGCUGCUGUCUGCUUCUGUCGCAGCCAUCAUCGCCGCUCUCAUGCCCCACACGCAGCCGCCCUCGCAGACGGCACACGACCCGGGCCAUGAUCGACCCGGGAGGGCCAUGCCGCACGAGCAUCAGACGUUCUGGAGGAAGCUCAGCACGCUCGUCCACACAUGCUCGCAGCACAUCAGCCGCCUCAAGUCGCAUCCGCAGCUCGUGCUGAUCUUCCUCGUCAUCCCGCUCAUCUCCACCCGCGGCACCCUCUCCGAGCUCGUCCUGCCGUACGUGUCGAAACGAUACUCGUGGCCCUUGAGCCGGGCCGGAGCCAUGGACGCAAUCAACGGCGCCGUCAGCCUCCUCCUCGGCAUCUUCGUUCUGCCCUGCAUCAUGCGCACGCUUACCGGCCCGCCCUACCACCUCGCCGCCGUGCGCGCCGACGCCUACGUCGCCCGCUACAGCGUCGGGGCGCUGUGCGUCGGGGCUGUCGUCGUCGGCUUGGCUCCCAACGUGGGGAUUAUGAUUCCAGGCUGGAUCAUCUUCUCCACCGGCGCCUGCGCCCGCAUGUCCGCCCUCGCCGUCGCCACCGCCCUCGUCGUCGUCGCCACCACCAGCACCAGCACCACCACCACCGCGCCCGGCCGGGGCCGGGGCCGGGCCCGGGGCCCGUCCGCCGUCGCCCGCCUCAACGCCGGCCUCGUCGCCGCCGAGGCCCUCGUCGACAUGGCCGUCUCGCCGCUCGUGUGGAGGGCGUGGAGCGUCGCGCUCUCCACUGCCGGUGAACGUUCAUCUUCGGGCGGAGGAGGAGGACCGAGGUGGCUCGUGGUGUUGUUGAUGGGGCUGCCUUGGUUCGUCGUCGCGGCGGCCAUGGCGGUGGCGGAGGCGCUGCUGUUGGUGCUGGUGCUGCCGCUGCCGCUGUCUCCUCCUUUUGGGGGGGUGGCGGCGGGUGGGGAUGGCGGGGAUGGCGGGGAUGGCGGGGAGGGGGAGGGGGAUGGCGUGGCGGCGGCGGAGGCUGAGCCGCUCUUGGGGCGUGAGGGUCAGGGGGGGAAAUAG